AUGUCUGAUCUACACAAGGCAUUUGUCAAGAGGAUAAAAGACCAGGAGAGGUCACUAGGGCUCACCCUGUUGUCAGAAAAGGAUGAAGAAGAGCAAGAAGAGGAAGAAGAUGAAGAUGGGGAUGUUCUUUCUGGGAUGACUAACACAGCUGACCAAACUACAGUAGACAACUAUGAAAAUUUCAAACGAGUCCAUUUCAAAGUGACAGAGAAAUAUACAAGGGCAGACGGAAUUUUGUCCAUAAGUACAUACUACAAACCUCCAUCUUCUGCGAAAGAUCCAAUCUGUAUCUUCCUUCAUGGAGCUGGAUCUACUGCUAUGACGUUUGCCUUCUUGUCACAGCUGAUUGGUGAGAUAUCGGAAAAUACUGGGUUGUUUUUGUUUGACCUUAGGGGACAUGGAAACUCGUCUUUAACUAAGGACUUUUCGUUAGACGCGCUUGUAGAAGACCUCCAUUUUGUUCUCAAUGAGUUUAUUGGAAAACACAACAUCAAUUCCAAUCCAAUAUACUUAGUGGGACAUUCUCUUGGAGGAGCCAUAUCAUCCAGCUUCCUACGUAAGUAUCAAAUGCAAUAUCCCCAAGUGAAAGGACUGGUGGUUUUAGAUAUAGUAGAAGAAACAGCCGUCAAAUCCCUCGGGGCCAUGCCAAACUUCAUUUCUAAUAGACCGAAGUCGUUUUCCAGUUUGACAAAUGCCAUUAAGUGGCAUAUGGGCUUCUUGUUGUAUAACAAGGCUUCUGCAGAAGUAAGUGUUCCUGACUUGUUCGAUCUCGAAAGCUUGACCUGGAAGACAGACUUAGCUUUGACACAGCCAUUCUGGUCAACCUGGUUCGACAAGUUGUCAGAAAACUUUCUCGGAUUUAGAGGUCCCAAGCUAUUAAUUCUCUCAGCGCAUGAGACACUCGAUAAGAAUUUGAUGAUAGGGCAGAUGCAGGGGAAAUAUCAACUUGUAGUAUUCAGCAACCAACAGAAAUAUGGUCACUUCAUUCAUGAAGACUUGCCCCGACAGGUGGCUACAUGCUUGUUGGAUUUCAUAAAGAGGAACGAAGAUCCCGACAAGUUCAUGAAGGAGGAGCUAGGAAUUAUUCCUAAAUGGGGUGGCAAGAUUCACCACACAUAG